AUGGCCGCUAUAGGCGACGGUACAAAGGAGGAGAUGGCGAAUUUGAAGAGAAAACACGAUGGGGACGACGUGGCAGCUUUAGGCGACGGUACAAAGGAGGAGAUGGCGAAUUUGAAGAGAAAACACGAUGGGGACGACGAAGCGCUCCAAGCCAAGAUAGCCGAAAGCGAGGUCGAUCACAAUACCGGCGUAAACCAAACAAACAUGGCCGUUUUAGGCGACGGUACAAAGGAGGAGAUGGCGAGUUUGAAGAGAAAACACGAUGGGGACGACGAAGCGCUCCAAGCCAUGACGGCCAAGAUAAGCGAGGUCGAUCACAAUACGAAGGUGGCCAACCACUACAACCGGAUCCAGGAGGUCGGACUGGCUGCAAGGAGUCAAAGUCGCAUCUUUUACAUGCGGAAUUUCAACAACUGGAUUAAAAGCGUCCUUAUCGGCGAGACCGUGGAGAAGGUUCGCGACGCCGGCCAACGGCAAAUUUCUGUCCUGGACCUGGGCUGCGGAAAGGGCGGCGACCUUCUCAAAUGGCGCAAGGGCGGCAUCUCUCACCUGGUGUGCGCCGACAUCGCCGACGUUUCGGUGGAGCAGUGCCGCGACCGCUACGAGUACAUGCGGAGGAAGGGUCGCGGCGACCGCCAAGCGUUCAGCGCCCAGUUCAUCACGGGCGACUGCACCAAGGAGCGCCUCGCCGACAAGUACGACCGGCCCGACCUGACGUUCGACAUCUGCAGCUGCCAGUUCGUGUACCACUACUCGUUCGAAAGCGAGGCCAAGGCCAAUAUGAUGCUGAGGAACGCCUGCGAGCGUCUCAAACCCGGCGGAUUCUUCAUCGGAACCACGCCGGACGCCUACGAGCUGGUCAAGCGGCUGGAGUCCUCCGAUUCGCUCUCUUUCGGCAACGACGUUUUCCGGGUGUCUUUCCGGGAACGGGGCCGAUACCCGCUCUUUGGGUGCCAGUACCACUUCAACUUGGAGCAGGUGGUGGAUGUCCCGGAGUUCCUGGUCUACUUUCCGCUUUUUGAGCACAUGGCCAAGAAUUACGGCAUGAGCCUGGUGAGCAAGCAGCGUUUCUCCGAGUUCUUCCGCGAGAAGGUCAAAUUGAGCCACCACCGCCACCUCAUGAUGAAGAUGGCGUCCCUGGAGGAGUUCCCCGGCGAGCGCGACGAGCAUCCGGCGCCCCGGGACGAAGACGAGGACGAGUACCGGCACGCCCGCCGACACCGCGACCGGGCGGGUCCUGCCGGAAUCUGUCUGGGUACGCUCAGCAGGUCUGAGUGGGAAGCCGCGAGCAUCUACCUGGUCUUCGUCUUCCAGAAGACGUCCUGA